UGGCCAUCUCUAUUAGUCAUGUGUAGAAAGAGGGAGGAAGUUUUAGUGGCUAUACUGGUAAGAAUGAUGCUGCUCUAUAGUCCUCGACAUGGUGAGAAGUGAUUCUUCUCCUAUUGAACGAGCAAACCACUUUGUUUGCAUGCUCAACCAAAGAGAAAGAAAGCAAGGACUUCCUAGUUUCUUUUAGCCUCCAGUCCAAGAAAGAGAAGAGAAAUCGAAAGUUCCUUGACCCCCUCUCGAUUUUUGAAACCUUUUUACUAGCCCGAUACCUCUUUGUAAUAAUCACAAGAAGAAGCCUGCAACUCUCUCAGUGUUUCAUGGAUGCACUCCUGCUCCUCUUUGGAAAUCUGAGCCAGCAAUCACCCCUCAUAGUGAAAAGCUCUCCGCCGUCUUCGCUUAAGCCCUCCUCAGUUGUUUCUCUUUGGAAGACCAAAAGGAAAAAUAAGAAGAUGCUGGUGCGUCUCCCCCUUCCUUGAAAAACCACAUGACAGCCACCCCAAAACCCCAAAUGCAACACUCGGUUUUUUGGCCUGGAUGCGCGCAACUAGGUUCCCAUCUCCUUCCUCAUCAUAUUGGUUUCAUCCCGACACAUGCCACAACUCUCCUCAACUCUCAGUUUCGCCUAGUAGCUGGCAACGAAAAAACAAAAUUAGGAUGAGUCUAUGUUAAUCUGGUUUGCAGGAAGACAAGAGAAAACACUUGUGUUAGGCAUUGUUUCUAAAAUUAUUCCCGGGCAACGUACUGCAAUAUUUCAACGUUAUCCUCAGCCUGACAAGGAGUAUCAAUCAUUUUCCCUUAUAUACAAGGACAGAUCUUUAGACUUGAUAUGCAAGGACAAGGAUGAAGCAGAAGUAUGGUAUGUUGGUUUGAAGGCAUUGAUUUCUUGUAGAAACCACCUGAAGAGAUUGGAAUCAAAAGCGGACAGAUUAUCUGAUUCAAGUAGUUCAAAGUCAACUAGUUACAAACAGUCUCCAUCGAACCUACCCUUUAACCCUGAAAAUAGACAACCAGUUGGUCUUUCUGCUUUGAAUCCUCCAGCGAAUGGUUUUGGGAGCGUGUUUUCUGAUGUCAUCCUAUAUACUGCACAUACGGGUUCUUUUCAGUAUGAUUCAGUCAGUAACUCACUGAGUUCAGCCGCAUCUGCAGACAACUCAAAUGGCCGUGGUUCAACAUCUGAAAAUUUUAGGGUAAGUUUGUCUAGUGCUGUAAGCUCCUCAAGCCAUGGAUCAGGCCACAGGGAUUUCGAUACAUUAGGAGAUGCUUUUAUUUGGGGGGAAAGUAUUGGCGAUGGGUUGCUUGGUGCUAAAAGUGAUGCUUCUUUGCCAAAAGCAUUGGAAUCAACAGUUAUUCUUGAUGUUAACAGUAUUGCUUGUGGUAGUAAGCAUGCAGCCUUGGUUACAAAACAAGGAGAGGUCUUUACUUGGGGUGAAGAAUCUGGUGGCAGGCUGGGGCAUGCAAUAGAUGCUGAUGUUUCACAACCAAAGCUUGUAAAUGCUUUGAGCGGUAUGAAUGUUGAGUUUGUAGCAUGCGGUGAGUAUCAUACUUGUGCACUAACAUUUUCUGGAGAUCUAUAUACAUGGGGUGAUGGUGUUUAUAACUCCGGUCUACUAGGGCAUGGGAGCGAGGCUAGUCAUUGGGUUCCCAAGCUAGUGACUGGUCAGAUGGGAGCUCUGCAUGUGUCAUCAGUGUCUUGUGGACCGUGGCACACAGCUGUUGUUACAUCUUUGGGUCAGCUUUUCACAUUCGGUGAUGGAACAUUUGGUGCUUUAGGUCAUGGAAACCGUACAAGCAUAAAUGUACCAAGAGAAGUUGAAGCUUUAAUAGGGCUGCGAACAAUCAGCACGGCUUGUGGCGUUUGGCACACUGCUGCAGUUGUGGAGAUGGAAUCACAACCUACAGAUUCUGACAGUUAUAUCUCCAGAAAAUUAUUCACAUGGGGAGAUGGAGAUGAAGGUCGACUUGGACAUGGAGACAAAGAACACAGGCUUGUUCCAGCAUGUGUUGUUUCUUUGACUGAGCGAAAUAUUUGUCAGGUGGCCUGUGGGGAUGAUAUAACAGUUGCGCUUACUGCUUCUGGAAGAGUUUAUACUUUGGGAAGUACUAUUUAUGGGCAGAUAGGGAACCCACAAGCUAAUGGAAAUAUUCCCACAGUUGUGGAAGGAAAACUUUCUGAUAGCAUUGUUGAGCAGAUAUCCUGUGGUUCUCACCAUGUUGCUGUGCUGACCUCAAAAAAUGAAGUCUACACCUGGGGCAAGGGGACAAAUGGCCAGCUCGGCCAUGGAGAUAAUGAAAACCGUGAUAUACCUACGCUUGUUAAGGCCUUGAAAGAUAAGCAAGUUAAGAGUGUUGCUUGUGGUUCAAAUUUCACUGCUGUUAUCUGUCUCCAUAAAUGGAUUUCAGGUAUUGAUCGAUCUGUAUGUUCUGGUUGUCAUCUUCCAUUUGGUUUCAGAAGACAACGCCACAAUUGCUAUAACUGUGCUCAAGUCUUUUGCAAAUCUUGCACCAGCAGAAAGUCUAUUAGAGCAGCCUUAGCACCGAACAUUCAUAAACAAUAUCGUGUGUGUGAUGCUUGCUAUAACCAGCUAAGGAAGUCCGAGUCUGGAAUUCAUUCUCUUGUUUUAAAGCAACAAAAUGCAAGUCAACGUCACAUAUCUACUCAGAUGGCUGAGGAGAUGGUAGUUUCGAGGCACUCUUCUGCUAGUUCCUUUAAAGGAGAAAGUAGGCACCCAAGGCAGAGUGAGAAAUCAGAAAGCAAUCAUAACCCAAUGUCCCUUGUCCAGAAUGAAUGCUUCCAAAGAGGAAACAUACAGAAGCCAAAAUCUAAAAAUAUUAUAAUCAGGUCUCCGAUUACUAAAUGCUCUGCUUCUGUUCCUGGUUCACAGUUAGUUUGCCGAUCAAUGUUUCCACUUGGAGUUUCCUUAGUUUCAUUGCUCCCAGGAACCAUUUCAACUGGUUUAGUAUCAGCUGAAGUGCCUAUUGAUGAAUUGAAAAAGACAAAUGAAAGCUUAAGAGAGGAAGUUGCUCAGUUGAAGUUGCAGUUUAGGUGUUGUGGAACUCCUUUGCAGCUUGAGUGUCUUACACAGAAGUUUCAAAAUAUGGAGUCUGAAUUUGAGAGAAAAUCAGUUGAACUGAAAGAAGCUAUUGCAAAAGCAGCGGAGGAAAAUGCAAAAUGCAAGGCUGCUGAGGAAGUUAUCAAGUCUCUUACCUCACAGUUUAGGUGUUGUGGAACUCCUUUGCAGCUUGAGUGUCUUACACAGAAGUUUCAAAAUAUGGAGUCUGAAUUUGAGAGAAAAUCAGUUGAACUGAAAGAAGCUAUUGCAAAAGCAGCGGAGGAAAAUGCAAAAUGCAAGGCCGCUGAGGAAGUUAUCAAGUCUCUUACCUCACAAUUGAAGGAUAUGGCAGAAAGGGCACCUGAAGUAUGCAUAAACGAUCACUCUCACUCUGAUGUCUCAUAUGCCUCCAACGAAUUGAAGUUAAAUUUAAGUGGAACUAGGCUCAACCAUCUUUUAAGCAAGCAUUCCCAAGAUUCAAAUGGGCAUAUUAGCGACUCAUUGCCAUCUAUUGCAUCUGAUACUUCAGAAGGGGUAGAGUGGGUUGAACAGGCUGAGGCAGGGGUGUAUAUAACCGUUUCAUCUUCUCCUUGUGGUGCAAAGAUCCUCAAGAAGAUACGUUUCAGCCGUAAACGGUUCAGUGAAGAGAGAGCAGAAAGUUGGUGGGCCGAAAACAGGCAGAAACUUCAAGACAAGUACAUUUUCCCAGCCGCUGGAGUUGGUUCACUUUCUAUGAAGAAGAAUAGCACCAUUGGAUAGUGGAUGAAAUUCUCCUCCAUAUACCAAAUGGAUAUAUUAGGCCUGGACUCACUCUCGAUUCACAUCUCAAUUGGAAGCUAAAUAUGCUUCAAUACCAACAUAGUUUCUUUUCCCUGUAUUUUCCCAUUGGAAAAAAGUAGAGCAUUAUUUCUUGUAAAUAAUUUGUUCAAGUUACCUUCAUUCUCAACAUUCAUAAAUUUCAAUUAAAUCAAUAAUAUCAACAUAUAUAUAUUUUUUUUUGA